UCACCUGGAAAAGUGUUUUUACCUGUUUACGAUAUUGCUAUUAUUUUUGCAAACUUAAUUUGUAAUUUGUUAUUAAAUACAAAUUUUGUUGUUUUAUUGGUUAAUUAAUUGGCCUGUUAGUUAAAACUGUGCAUCAGAUCAAGGAGAAAAAAAAGGCUUUACAAAGUUUCAAAGCAAUGUUCGAGGUUCCCACGGUAUACCAAAAAGAGGUCACUCACCUCAAAGAAGCUCAGCUAGAUGCUUCAGUGGGGGACAAUUCACUUCACAGUGGAAAAGGUCAGGAAAAGCAGAAUGAAUUUGAAAAAUCUGGCUAUGACGAAGAAUUUGACCCGGAGAAAAAGGAGAAAGCCUCAGGUCCCAAAAGAGGAGGUCGGCCUCGGGUGAAGCCAGUAAAAACUCCAGGAGAAAAGAAGAAACUCGGUCGACCAAAAGACGAAACUAAAUGGAAUGUUACCUGUGAUGUUUGUGGGAAGUUUUUUGAGCGUAUUAGCAUGUUGAAGCAGCAUCAGAAAAUUCAUUAUGGGAUCAAGGAAUUCGAAUGCGACUACUGCCACAAACAUUUUCUUCAGAAGGGUGCUCUUACGAUACACAUUCGAAUACAUACAGGAGAGAAGCCCCACAAGUGUCCAUAUUGUUCGGAAAGUUUUCGAGUUCAGAAUAUGCUGGAGUUGCACGUGUUCAAGCACACCAAACAGGGAAUAAAGUGCCCGCAGUGUCCGUCAGUGUUUGUAACGCAGGCAAUCGUCAAGCGGCAUAUCCUAGAAGUUCACACUACGGAUAAGCCACACGUAUGUCAGAUCUGUGGCGAACGUUACAAAUAUCGACAGAGUUUAACGGUUCACCUGAAGGACCAUGACAAGCGUGUCUGCAAGGUUUGUGGGAAGAUGUUCAGCAGUGUGCACGCCCUGGGGAAACACCGACAGCAGAGUCAUCAGGUGGUCCCAAGGUGUGGCUAUUGCAAUCGGUCUUUUAAAUCGGAGGAAGAAGUGCAGGCUCACGCCACACUCCGAGGACGGAUUUAUCAGUGUAAAAUGUGCUGUUUCAGUUUUAAUAAGGCUGAAUUUUUAAAGAAUCAUUAUCGGAGGGCUCACUGGAAAGAGCUGGGAUUGGUGCGACUGCCACGGGUUAGAAAACCGAAAGCCAAAAUUGUUCAGAUAACCGACCAACCGGUUGUGGUGGAUUCAUCCUUAGCAUUGCGUCCCACAUUUUCUGAUCAGGAUAAAGACAACCAGAUGGAAUUCGAGGUCGAACCGGAAUUUCAAGAACCCGGUGAUUUCGUCAAAGUAGAGAUUACCGAAACGGCCAAACCAGAAGAGAAUCAAGACGAGGACGCACCGCUACAGAACGAAGAUCCAAUAGAAAGUAAACCGGAGGAAUUGGAAGUAAAAAAGGAGAAUUCGACCGAUAGUGAAGUCGAUGAUGAGAUGCCAUUGGCAGUUUUACGUUUAAUUCCGCGUCAUACAGUAAAAUCAAUCACUGAAAAGAAAAAAGAGAAAAUCGAUUUCGACUGUAAGAAGAAACAACGACCAAAGGUCACCAAGGAUUCCUCACUCAACUUGAACGAGAAAGAUCAUAUUGAUGCUGAAAACUCCAAGCCGAAACGAAGACGACGGAAGCUCGACGGCGAAGGCCCUCGUAGAAAGAUCCGCCAGAAACGGGACAUGACUUGUCCGAUUUGCAGUGAUGUCUUUAAAGGACGAACCGCCCUCAAGGAACACAAGAAAUCCGUUCAUCUGGAUGCAAAGGUCAAAGCUGGGCCAGUGACUUGCGAGAUUUGUGGAAAGACGUACAAAACAGUAUACUGCCUAAUUGUCCACCGCGGCAAGCAUGAGGAAUACCAACGGUUUCAGUGCGAUGAAUGCCCAAAAGCGUUCGUCUACCAGUCCCACGUUGAGAACCACAAACGAAUGGAACAUCGCCAGGAACGGCAUAUUUGUCCGCUCUGUGGCAAGCAGUUCAAGUACAGUAUGGCCCUGAAAUAUCACUCCCUACUGCACGAGGAGGAGAAGCCCUUCAAAUGUAAGAAAUGUCCCGCAGCGUUCCGUCAAACCUCUUCCCUGCGACGCCACAAAGGGGUCCACGACCAAGUGGUGUUCACAUGCACCAUUUGUGGCAAAAGCUUUCGGUACGAAACUAGCCUGCGGCUGCAUAAGCGUCUUCACAGCAGAGAUUUUUUCCGGUGUGAGAUCUGCGAGCGAGACUUUAGCCAGAAGGCAGCGAUGACGAGGCAUAUGAAAAUACACUCGAUAGAUCGGCAGGUAAAAUGCGUCGUUUGUGAUAAGAUUUACUACAAGAAAGUCGAGCUUCUCAUCCAUCAGGCGAAGGAGCAUCCGAAUCAUGCACUGAUUGGAAAGACGAUCAGGGUUCACACCUGUAACGUGUGUGGGAUGGAGUUUACGAAGGAGAGUCACCUUAGAAUACACUCCGACAUCCAUGACAACGAGUAUAAGUUUAAGUGUGAUAUGUGUGAAGAUCAGAAGUUUAAGCAGAAAACUGGGCUGCGUUACCAUUGGCAGCAUUUUCAUCAAAUGGAGCCAGCCAAGAGAAAUCUGGGAAAGAAACCAAAAGAGAAGAUCUAAAGGGUAGCAAAUGCAGCUGUGAGAGCACCUUUCGAUGAGUUUCACAAUGAGUGCG